AUGAAGUCACUCUUUUUAACCCUCAUGGUGAUAACCACCGCAAUGGCUACCCCCGUUUCCAAAAUCACUACACUCAUCAAACCCGGGUUUGCUCCAACAUUCAUUGAAACAUUCGUCGGCUUUCCAGGAUCACUUCCCUCAUCCUCCAACUGGAUCUUUGAUCUCGGAACUUCGUACCCAGGCGGAGCAGAGCGAUGGGGAAACAACGAGUUCGAAACCUAUACCAACGACCCUUCCAACAUACACAUAACAAAAGACCACAAUUUGGCUAUUACCCCGCGACUCAAGAAGGGUAAAUGGACAUCGGCGAGGAUCGAGACUCAGCGAAGUGAUUUCGUUGCUAAAGAAGGAGGGAAGUUGCUUGUUGAAGCGCGCCUCAAACUCGGUGGAGCGCCAGCCUCAAAUAUGCAAGGCAUCUGGCCCGCCUUCUGGGCUUUGGGCAGCGAGUUCAGAGGUAACUACACAAACUGGCCGAUGGCUUCCGAGUGGGAUAUUCUCGAGGCGAUAAAUGGCGAAUCAAGGAUGUAUUCAACCAUACACUGCGGGUUUGCUCCUGGUGGUCCAUGUAAUGAGUAUAGCGGAAUUGGAAGCGGAGGCAGGGACUUUUCCAGGGGCGAGUUCCAUACGCUAGGCUUCAUGGUCGACAGGAGCAUGUGCGGCGAGGGAAAGAAUGCAUCUUGGCGGGACGAGUCGCUCAACUGGUUCCUGGAUGGAAAGAAGAUCUUCAAUGUCACAGGUGCGACUGUUGGGGACGAGCCAAGCUGGGUGAAGCUGGCGCAUAAGGAGCAUUUCCUGCUGCUCAACGUGGCCGUCGGUGGAAACUGGCCUGGCCCGCCAAACAAUGCUACCAUUGAUGGGCCCUCAGUAAAUAUGGAAGUGGAUUAUGUGGGUGUUUGGAACUCAUUGUAA